AUGAGGCUGUCCAACUUUCCUACGGCCCCUGGGGCUCUGACCUUUUAUCUGGGCACGUUUGGGCUUCUAUCUGAGAGCGUCCUUGCCCGACCAUCUCCUGAGCCCAAGGCUUCCUGGGUCCGAAAAGGACAUGGCCGCAAGGCCCUAUCGGAUGUUCUCAAGGGCAAGAGAGACAAUCUGCGUCGGUCUGUCCAGUCGCCUUCCAAUGAGACCGGAUCAUGCGCCGGAUCUCUGGCGGCGCCGAUUUCUGCGCCCAAGGUAAACGUAUGGGCUGAGCUCGAGGAUACCGACGCGGCGGCUGUUGUUGCGUGGCUAUUCAACCAACCCGAGUUCAACUUGACCACCGCAGAGAAUGCGACGGAAUGGGACAACACGGUGAUACUUGUUGAGGCUAUUCAACCAAAUAAAACCGAGGCCUUGUCGUAUAUAGAUGGUGACGCAUCGCCACCAGCGAAAUGGGCGAAAGCGAUUUUGAAUAUGCGGGCGUUCGAGGACCCAUAUUACCAGGAGAUCAUGAUCGGACCUCUGCCUAUAAACAACUCAACGACGACCUGGUCCCCUCUCACCUAUCCAUUGACCAAAUCCAACGGCGGAAAAGUGCGCAACCUGGACGCGGACUCGGAGAAGCUGUUCACUGAGUGGAUCUUACCCAUCACUACUUCCAUCGCAGAUAUCACCCUCGAUCUGUGGAAUGGCACUGUUCUAGGCCUAGACAAUGAUACCCUAGACGUCUUUGGAAUCGAUCCCCUCUGGCAGGAUGACGGGAGAAUUGUUCGUUGGGACACGUUUUGGAACAUCCCCCAGGACGACUUCGACGCGGAGACGCUUCUGCCACUGGGUCUGUUCUUCAAGUCCGACGUGACCGGCCGAGACCCUAGUCAAUGGAACUUAGAGGGCUGGCUUUACAACGGAAUUUUCUACGAGACUACCGAAGAUUUCCGCACCGCAUACUGGAGUGAGGGUUUCGAGAAGAACGGUGCCAAUGUCGAAGGAGACUGGGCUCGGACGGACCAGCAGGGUCCUGUCAUGCCAAAGGAUACCCUCUUCCCACCCACCAUGGUCGCACCAGCCGGCACGCGGUUCAGCGUCGAUGCGGAACAGAAAUACGUCGAAUGGAUGGACUUCAGCUUCUACAUCGGCUUCUCGCGCGACACGGGGAUCUCCCUGCACGACAUCCGGUACAAGGGCGAGCGGCUGAUCUACGAGCUGGCCCUACAGGAGGCCCUCGCGCACUACGCCGGCAAUGACCCCGUGCAGUCGGGCACAUCCUACCUCGACACGUUCUACGGCUUUGGGCCGUAUGCCUUCCAGCUCGUGCCGGGGUACGACUGCCCAACAUACGCAACCUACCUGAACUCGUCUUUCUAUGUUUCCGAGACGACGCACACGCACAUCAACAGCAUAUGCCUCUUUGAGUACGGUCAGUAUCACUUUUCACCUUUUACGGAUCCCCGUCUUUCAUGUUUUGGAAUCCACUCACAGGACAUUCUCGGGACCGAGAACAGCGUCCAAUUGAUGACUCAAAAGCCGGUGACAACCACAUAUCCCUGGUCAGGCAACAAGACCCGGAACACAAUGAAACUCGAGCGGAGUUUCAUCGAGACCGAAGACGAUGGCAGCCUCAACUGGGAUUUCAACGCCCAGACGCAGGUGAUCGUCGUCAAUCAGAAUGAGACAAACAAGUACGGAGAGUACCGCGGGUACAGAAUCCUGCCUUACACGGGCCUGGCACACCUGACUGUGCAGAACAGCAGUAAUCUGGCCAAUGCAGCACGUUGGGCCGAGCACGAUCUCUACGUCACGAAGCGCAAGGACACCGAGCCCAAGAGUGCCCACGCGUACAAUAGCCAGGAUGUUCACGAUCCCCCGGUCAACUUUGAGGCCUUCCUCGACGGCGAGAGCCUGCAGCAAGAAGACCUGGUGGUCUGGUUCAACCUGGGCAUGCACCACGUCCCACACACGGGCGACCUGCCCAACACCGUCUUCACCACAGCCCACUCGGGCAUGCAAUUCAUGCCGAGCAACUACUUCACCGGCGACCAGAGCCGCAACACCGUCAACAUGGUCCGGAUCGACUACAAAGACGGCAACACCUCGGCCGUGGAGCUCUUCGGCCAGAAGAGCGCGCCCGGGACGUGCAAGGUUGACUACGCGCCGGGCGAGGCUGAUCUGUGGGGAUACACUGGUGACGUGGUCGUGAGGAAGUUCCCUUAUGACCCGAAUAAUCCUUACUUUGAGACGGACUCAAUUGUGUAG